UUAACUAUAAUUAAAAUGUCAUCGAUCUUUUCUACAUAAAAAAAAAUUAAAUCGACGAAUUUUUCAUAUUUGAAGUCACGUGGCGCUUCAUCCCCGGAUGUUGCUAACACUUAAGAUGGCGGCGGGUCAAAAUCAUGCAGUGAACGACGGAACACGACCUUCUACAGGUUGCCGAAAGGUAUUUAUUCAAAGAGACUAUUCCGAAGGAACAAAUGUAAAAUUCCAAACGAAAUUCCCUCAGGAAUUGGAAGGAUUGAUUGACAGGCAGUCUUUUGAACUCACUAUCAACACGCUGAAUAAUAUCUAUGCCGAAGCCGAAAAAAUCAGCGGUAGAACAUAUUGCGAAGGAUGUAUGGCUUGUUUAACUGCGUAUUUAAUAUAUCUUUGCAUGGAGACACAUUACGAGAAAUGUUUGAAAAGGAUAGCGGCAUUUGUAGAUGAACAGAACGAAACCGUCUGGCUUCCGAGAGGUCUUUAUCUCACAGAUCCUGUCGAAAGAGGACUUAGAGUAAUUGAAAUUUCAGUCUUGAAUGAACCAGCCAACAGGUCAUGACACCAUUUAAAUACUCGAUGAACUGUUUUACGGACCAACUUUACGCAUCCUCGUGUGCUUGUUUCCUUAGCCAAAAUCAGCAUUUUCUUAAGUGCGUUUUGUUGACAGGAAUUAAUUUCACACAUUUUUCAUUAUUAAGUGUUUUUACCAGUUUAUUCACGGUAUAAAAAAAACAAUUGCUCAUUUCUACCGCUAGUUCAUUUUAUUGUAAGGCAGCUGUCCGUCUCUGUGUUUUGUAAAAUUUUUGUGAUAAAAAAAAAAGAAAAGUAAGAAAAAUACAUUGUAAUUAUUAUAAAUUAGAAAUAAAUAUUGUAUAUUUAUUUAAACUUUUAAUGAAUGAAACUAUAGAAAUAUACAGAUAUGUUCUAUAAGAAUGAUGCCAUUUGUUUCCUUAUCAGAUAUUGUGCCAAGUUUGAGAGAAAUUUCAUGUACAGGAGCAUAUUUUAUUGCUCUUUGGAAGAUAUUCAUGCGGUUAUAUAUAUAAAAGGUAUAUAUAUAAUAUUUCUCUCUGUCAUUUGUAGAAAACUUUUAAUAUCGUAAUUCGAUACCUUAGAUUUAUAACGAGGACGUUGCCGAUUUCCGCAACGUACCACCCGACAAAUAUAAGUAGAAAAUGGGAAUCCGCAUUAGUUUUUGCAUUAAAGGAAUCUUUAGACGCGAGGAAAUAAAAUGAAAACUUGAGUCUGUCCGACACUGAGAUUUUGAUUUGAUGAAACGAAACUGUACAUAAUUUAUUUUCUGAUGUGCCUAUUCUAGUUUAAUUAAAUCCGAUAAUAGAAAUGCAGUUGGAAAUGUUUAAACUUUUAAUUGUAAUUAAAUGUAAAUAACAGUUUAGUUGGAGAUAAAUAAAUGUGUUUUUUGUUUUUUUUCCUUCUGCCGAAAGUCAUUUUCCGACAUCAAAUUUCGUUGCUCUUUGUCUAAAAUCAGAACAGACUAUUUAUCAAACAGACUGACAUUUUGCUGAUUUAUAUAUUUAUUUUUAUUAAAAAUAUUUGGACAUUCUGUCAAUCAUAAAGGUAUAAAGUAGAAAAUUAUGCUCUGCUAUAGUGAAAUCUUUAAAAGUUUGCUCUAACAAUGUGCAAUUUUCUUAUAAUUUUUGAGUUUUAAUUGAAGUGAUGGCAAUUUCUGUAGAGAACUGGAAUUAGACUGCUUAUUUAGAUGGCCAAAUUGAUUGGAAAAACACUAAUUUUCGUUUUAAAAUUGAUUUUAUUUUGGUUAUAUCAUAAUUAUUUGAGACUUGCGUGUCUAUUUUUAUAGUAUUAAUGGUAUGCAUUGGUCAGGAGUAGAAUUAAAUGCGCAAAUUAAACUGUCUUGUUAUACUCAUUUUUUAAAAUCAAAGUAUAAUCAGAAGUGUGUGAAAUUUUUAAAGUAAACUUUCAAUCAUUCAAACUAAGUUGUAAAAUCAACUUCAAAAUGAUAUUUUUUGUAUUAAUCAAGUCAUAAACUUGAUUACAAUUUCAAUAAACAACAGUUUGAACCAAGACUAAAAGUUUGCACUCGAUAUAAAAUAAAUUGGGUAAGCUAAUCACAAAAGACUAAUGAAAAUCUUUGUAACAAUAUCAGUAGUCAUUUAGAUUUUACAAGAUUUACACUGUAUAAAUUUAUAUCACGAGCUAGUGCAGAUUCGAGACCAAAUAAAAAGUGUGUAUUUGUGUGUAUCUGAGGCAAAAUGCAGUUUUUCUAAGCUUAAAAUACAAGAGUUUGCAUUGCAAUAAGUUACUGUUUCUUGUUAAGCAAUAGUUGAAGAAAUUUUUAUUGCAGGAAAGGUAAAUUCCAGAUUUCUUUGGUUAUAAGUCUGUCGAUGUAUUGUUUAUGGAAUUUACUUUGUUUAUUUUAAAUUAAACAGAGCUAAUUUUAUUGUGCCCUACAGAAAAUUAUUCAAGAACUAGUUGAGUUUCAUUUUGUGUUGUUAAUUAUGUACAAAUUUCUGUUACUUUUUAAAUGUAGUCAAAUUCAGAGAUGAUCCCAUAACGGAUUUUUGUGUGUAACGAUUACUCCAAGUGUAAUCUUUUAAUAAUAAAUGGACUGCGAGGCAUUUUACUUUGACCGAAGUUUGUAGUGCGCCGUAAUAAACUUAGAUAAUUAUCAAGAUCUCAUUCUUUUAAAAGAGAUUGCGAAGCAAUCUCAUUUGAAGGAAUUGUUUGCAUUUGGUAAUUACUCGAAAAGAAGUGAUAACAAAAGUUUUUCCAAAAUUUUCCAUCUUGCAUUCUUAAUUUGUUUUACAAAUUAUAUCACAACAGACAUUCUAGUAAUUUGACUCAUGCAACGUUAAACUUCUGCAUGUUGCCAGCUUUUGUUUUGACCAUUAUGGAAAAUCCUAACCAACGGUCCAUUGUCCCUUUUGAGCGACAAUGGAGAAUUAUGCCCAGACUAGAAUAAAAUUUGGAAAAUUACACGUCUUGGGUACUUAGUUUUGCAUUACUUGUAUAAUAGCUUGAACACGACAGAUCACAUUGUCCUCGUAACAACACAAACAUGUUGAGGUUGUUUUUUUAAAUACUCUUUCCACCUCAAGGGCACCAAAAAGGUCUUCUUAAUCAUAUCCAUUAUAGAUUUGGCCAGACCCACAAAGCCGAUGCCAAAGAAUGCGGCUCGACUUAUCCAGGACAGACCGCCUGUAAAAAAUUUCCAAAGCUUCCCGCCCAGACUCUGUCUCAAGUUCUGCAGAACGUCUGGCCACGUACACGUCGAGGCCGUCUUACAGUCGAAGUCUCACUCUGCAAGUUCGUAUUAUGCGGAACUUCAGACACGUUCGUGCCGCUACACGAAGAACUCGAGACUAAGCAUCACAAAAGUUCACGAAAUGACCACCGUUCUUGUAGAAUAGUGGUAAUUUUGCUAAUAUUUUUUAACUAAAGAAAAUGGUACGUCUGUACGUACGACCGAUAUUUGUCGAGAUGUCAAGUGAAAUUAUG